AAAGCCAUCAAAAUGGGCAAAGGUGAUCCUAAGAAGCCGAGAGGUAAAAUGUCUUCAUACGCCUUCUUUGUGCAAACCUGCCGGGAGGAGCACAAGAAGAAACAUCCAGAUGCUUCAGUGAACUUCUCAGAGUUCUCAAAAAAGUGCUCAGAACGAUGGAAGACUAUGUCCUCUAAGGAGAAAGGAAAGUUUGAAGAUAUGGCCAAGGCUGACAAGCUUCGUUACGAAAAAGAAAUGAAAAACUAUGUACCACCCAAGGGGGAAACGAAAAAGAAGUUCAAGGAUCCAAAUGCGCCAAAGAGGCCUCCUUCGGCCUUCUUUUUGUUUUGCUCCGAGUUUCGUCCAAAAAUCAAAGGAGAGCAUCCCGGUCUGUCCAUCGGGGAUGUGGCGAAGAAGCUGGGAGAGAUGUGGAACAACACGGCUGCAGAUGAUAAACAGCCUUACGAGAAAAAGGCUGCCAAGCUGAAGGAGAAGUACGAAAAGGAUAUCGCUGCAUACCGGGCCAAAGGGAAGGUUGAUACAGGCAAAAAAGUAGUCGCCAAGGCGGAGAUGAGCAAGAAGAAGAAGGAGGAGGAGGAAGAUGAGGAUGAGGACGAAGAGGAGGAGGAUGAUGAAGAGCAYGAAGAAGAGGAAGAGGAGGAGGACGAGGAUGAUGAUGAUGAUGAAUAAGUCUCUUUUGGAGCAAUUUCUUUCUUGUCUAUAAAGCAUUUAACCCCCCUGUACACAACUCACUCCUUUUAAAGAAAAAAAAAAACAAAAUUGAAAUGUAAGGCUGUGUAAGAUUUGUUUUUAAACUGUACAGUGUCUCUUUUUUUGUAUAGUUAACACACUACCGAAUGUGUCUUUAGAUAGCCCUGUCCUUAGUGGUAUUUCAAUGGCCACUAACCUUGCCUGGUACAGUGUGGGGGUUGUAAAUUGGCAUGGGAGUUUUAAAGCAGGUUCUUGUUGGUGCACAGCACAAAUUAGUUAUAUAUUGGGGAUGUAGUUCAUUUUUCAUCUUCAGUUGUCUCUGAUGCAUCAUAAAAAUAAUUGUUGUUCUGUUAACUGAAUACCACUCUGUAAUUGCAAAAA